GUUUGUAAAGGAAAGUUACAAACAAUUUUUUUUUAUCCUUAUACACCUCUUUCAGGUCUGUCUUUCAUUUUUUUCUAAGAAAGUACGGUCACUGUACGUUUGGGCACAGCUCCAGCUUCAUUAAUCCUGAAAUGACUUUCAUGCUAUUUCUACUUUCAGGAGUUUCUCAAAAAAAUCCUGCAGUAACAAUUUGGGGAGGCUAUUGAUGUUGAAGAUGCCUAGUUUCUUUUCAUAAACGUUUGGUUCCUGACAUUUCCUCAGAAACGGAAACAUUAAAAAAAAUAUAUGAAAAACGUCUCUUGUAGAUUUGCCUCAACACCUGGCAACACUACACACUAUUUGGGGCCCCUGCGUUACCUGAACAAGUUUAAUUAUAAGCCAGAUUCAAAUGUUGGAAAUUGCCUUUCGCAACUCCCACUAGCCCUUUUUUUUAACAAGUGACUAAAAAAGUCGCUGUGGCUUUAAGAAAGACCUAGAAAUGAUGCUAACUGGAUGUAGCGAGUUUGCUUAUGAAACGCCGUGAGUGGAACAGGGACUACAGUACUGCGUUCGAGGCAAAAAGUUGAUGCAACGAUGUUCGAGAAGUUUUCUCUUCCAAGUCCACUGACGAUGCUGAUUUUUCUCUUGCAGCGAUGCCUGCAACUUCUUGUGCUGCUCAUCUCUGUGCUUUCCUACCUGGACCUAUGGGAUCCUAUUUGUAAAAAAUCUUUUCCACAUCUCAUGAAGAGGUUUAGUAAACUGUACAAUGGAAGAAUGCACAAGGAAAAGGAGACGUUGUUCAGGAACAUGAAGGACUUUGCCGAUCCCUCAGGAAAGCUCCACCUGCUAGAGAUUGGCGUAGGCACAGGAACCAACUUCAAGUUUUACCCCUCAGGCUCUCGGGUAACCUGCGUGGACUACAAUCCCAACUUUGAAAAAUUCCUGCUGGAGAGCAUGGCGAAGAACACGCACCUCGAGUUUGAGAACUUUAACUUUGUGGUGACCUCCGCCGAGGACCUCUCUUCUGUGCCUGACAGCUCUGUAGAUGUGGUAGUUGGCACGCUGCUGCUUUGCUCUGUGGCCAACGUCAAGGCUGCCUUAAAGGAAGUUCUGAGAGUGCUCAGACCAGGUGGUGCAUACUAUUUCAUUGAACAUGUAGCGGCUGACCGAUCCACCUGGACCUACUUCUGGCAGCAAAUCUGUGACCCCGCUUGGGGAUAUCUGGGAGAGGGGUGCUCCGUGUUAAGAGAGACCUGGAAGGACUUGGAGAAUGCAGAGUUUUCUAAACUGAACUUGCAACACAUGGCAGCCCCGUUGGUCGUUCCUGUAGUAUGUCCCCAUAUUUAUGGAUAUGCCAUGAAGUAAUUGUCCCGUAAGGGGAGAGCACCUUUCUCUUAAAGUCAGAUGACUGAGUUCAAGGAAUUAAUAGUAACAAUGCAUAUGUUGCAAUAAGAAAAAUGCUUCCUCUAUUCUAUAUGAUUAUUCAAAAUAGAGAAAGGCUCCUAAAAGUUCAGGCCACAAUAAACCUAAAUGAUAUCUUAGAUUAGGUUUGGAGGGAGGGCAAAUAAUAAGUUUAACAAUUAAUAUAAAAGAAAAAGUCCAUCCUACUGUCAGAGGCCAUCUCAACAACAACAAAAAAAAGCCUAAUCAGCCACUUUUUGUGGCAUUACCCUGUCCUGCACGUGAGCCUCCCAGGAAGGAAAGCUAGGGGUGCCUGUCUUUGGGGAUUACUACCCGUGUGGAGUUGUCUGAUCACAAACUGAUAAUGGGCAGAGCCCUAACUUAGACACAAGCACAGCAGGGAAUUUUCCGUGGAUAAUGCCUCAGGCAGAAUCCUCGUUGGCCUUUGGGAGAAGCCAACGCAGAAGGAACGGAACAUCUUUCUUGGCUUCUCAUCCGCUGCCUACCCCCUGCGGUUUUACUCUAGAGUGAGUCAAACUAUGCACAUCCUGGCAUGGGAUUGCAUUGAAACCUAAGGCUUGGAAUUUAGAAACUGUAUAUUGUAUCAAAGCUUGCUGACCGCUGUAUUAUGCAUUAGUACCUUGCUUUCCUUAUGAUUAUUUCCUUACGAUUCUUUUCAUUUUCGCUAAAAAGGUAAAGGGUCUUUUUGCUCUCCA